ACACCUAUUUUUAAAUGACUUUGUGUAUAAGCUAAGCAAACCCCCAAAAACCCUCAUUCAGCAUUAAUUUCCCUUUUUCUUCAAUUUUAAGAUUAUAAAUACCCAAAUCUAGUUCUCCUCUAUCCCUUCACUUUCAUUUUUUUUUUCUCUUCUCUUUGUUCAUAUGUGGGUUAUCUCGUUGAUUCUCAAAUUAUCAUGAGCAACGUUCCAAGGUCAUUAACAGAUUCUUCUUUGACUCUCUUUAAACUUGCUAUUUCUUCAUCUGAUCCUUGGCCUUUCCCUCUCGUUUUCUUAUAACCUUUAGUUCCUUUGAUCCUCUAAAGAAAAGGGUUUCGUUUUCUUUUAAAAAAUAUGGGGAGUGGAGAUAACAACAAAGGUUCCCAUCAUCAUGUGAAUUUUCACCUUCAUAUACCACACCUUCAUGGCUUCCAUCAUCAUGAGAAGAAGGACCUCAAAGAUAUCCCGAAAGGGUGUUUGGCAAUCAUGGUGGGUCAAGGUGAAGAGCAACAACGGUUCGUGAUUCCGGUGAUAUAUAUUAACCACCCGCUGUUUAUGCAGCUGUUGAAGGUAGCCGAGGAUGAGUACGGGUUCGAUCAGAAAGGACCUAUUACCAUUCCUUGCCAUGUCGAGGAGUUCCGUAAUGUUCAAGGGAUGAUCGAUAAAGAUCGUCACCAUCAUAAUCAUCAUCAUCAUCACCAUGUUUGGUGUUUUAGGGUUUGAAUUAUUAAAAGUCAUCAUGUAAAUUUUUUCGAUAUAUAGCUUUUGCUUUUGCUUUUAUAAUGGGAAUCCUGCAAAUAAUAAAUGAAUGCAAAAGAUCAUUCCUCUCA